AUGGCCUGCUCCAAACUCAGCCGGGCAGUGAUUGGAUGGGUGCAGAGGGCCUUCAAGAGCACUUCUAGUCCCACAUCUGCACAGCCACACCUUGUUGCAGCUGAACACGUUACUGAGCCUGCUCUGCAGGAAUGUCCUGUCUGCAGCUACAAUGAAUGGGAUCCACUUGAGGAGGUGAUUGUGGGUCGUGCCGAAAAUGCCCAUGUGCCUCCCUUCACUGUGGAAGUGAAAGCUAACACAUAUGCGAAGUACUGGCCCUUCUACCAGCAGUAUGGGGGCCAGUCUUUUCCUGCGGACCACUUGAAAAAAGCUGUUGCUGAAAUUGAGGAAAUGUGCAAUAUUCUGCGUCACGAAGGUGUCACUGUCAGAAGACCAGAGCCCAUCGACUGGUCCCUGGAAUACAAAACUCCAGACUUCACAUCAUCAGGCAUGUACGCUGCCAUGCCCAGAGACAUCCUCAUGGUUGUGGGGAAUGAGAUUAUUGAGGCUCCUAUGGCCUGGAGAGCUCGCUUCUUUGAGUACCGAG